AUGUUGGAAAGAAUAAAUGGAGUUUAUCCAGACUUAAAACCAACAGAUAAUAUUCCCGAAGAGUUUUAUGAAAAACUUAUGAAUAUAGUUCACAUAUUUGUGGGAGUAAACUGUAUAGAUCAAAUGUUGAAACAUUUAUGUUCUGUCGGUCAAAAACAGUUAACUCUAAUUUGUCACAACGGUAGUGAUUUUGAUAAUAGGAUAAUUAUUAAAAAUAUGGCAAAAUUACCUCAUUGUCCUCUCAAAAACAGUACAAGGAUAUUUCGUAUAGCAAUAUCUAAUCCUUUUACAGAAAAAAGUUUACAGAAAAAAUGGAAUAGUAAAAAGAAAUUUAUCAACAAAAACAAUCAUUUUCAAAAAAUAAAUUUCACCUGUUUCUAUCAACAUCUAGCAAACAGUUUAAAAGAUUUGGGACAAUCAUCAAAAUUACCAAUGUAUGAAGACCUACAAGUGUUAAAAAUGGAUAUAGAAGCAUGGGAAUGGGAUACUUUUCCUAAUCUAAUUCAAACUAAUUCAAUAUCUCAUAUAAAACAAUUGUUUAUUGAAUUUCAUACUGAUAAAAAAUGUUCAUUAUCUAAACCUGGUAAAUGUAGUCGAUAUAUCUCAGGUUUAAAAAUAUUCCAUGAUUUAUAUGAAUUAGGCUUUCGAAUAUUUUGGACUCAUAAAAAUCCAGCAUGUUUAUUCAAAUCAAAAUUCACAGGUGAAGAACUCACUUUUUGUCAUGAAAUUUAUUUUGUUAAAGUUUCAUAA